AUGUCGCAACGUCAAGCUUCAGGACAUCAUCUUCGGAACAGAUCACGUUCCGGGAACCUGAACUUGGACGAGGCUGGGCGAUGGCCGCAGAACAACCGGCGAAGGCCGUCAGAGUAUAGCGAUUCGCCAUAUGCCGACAAUGAUUUCUUGGCUACGGAUAGUGGCACGCGCACUCCAAGCUGGUCGCCUGCAAACAUUGAGAAUGGUACUGCAGACAAGACUGGACAGUCGUAUCCACUACAGCCACCGCUGCUGUCACCACCAGCGCUGGCGUUACCUUCUAGCUUCUUGACAUUGCCGGAGGCUACGACAAUGCAUGAAGACUCAAUAGCAGCACAUCCUCCUCUACCUCCCACAUGGCGCAAUAUCCCGAACAAAGGCCAGUUGGCUAUACUAGCCGCAUCACGGUUUGUCGACUUCUACCAGAUGGCAGCGUUACAGACGUACAUGGUGCACCAGCUUAAGUCCUUCGAUCCCGAGCUGCCUGAUCAGACGAUUUCGCACCAAGCAGGUGUGUUGCAGGGAGCGUUCACAGCGGCACAGAUCAUCACAAGCAUACUUUGGGGCCGAGCAGCGGACCAGCCUAGUAUUGGCAGGAAACUUGUGCUGAAUAUUGGGCUGGUAGGGACAGGCAUUGGAUGCAUAGGAGUCGGAUUUAGCAGGACAUAUGGACAAGCAGUGUUCUGGCGGCUAAUGAGUGGUGCCAUCAAUGGUACUGUUGGUUCGGCCAGAACAAUGGUUGCAGAAAGGACUCCAAAGCCCUGGCAUCCUCGUGCGUUCCUGUUGCUGCCAGCGGCCUUCAACGUGGCCAACGUGCUAGGACCGAUCAUAUCUGGUCUGCUGGUCAGUCCAGUCACGAGCUUUCCUGCGUGGUUUGGACCAGGGAGUACCUUUGGUGGAGUCUCCGGGGUCGCGUGGAUGGAGCGACACCCAUACGCUCUGGCCAAUUUGAUCAGCACAGCAUUGUUGUUUGGAGAGGCGCUUAUAGUGCACUUCUAUCUACAAGAGACAUUGAAAGGCAAGCGACCAUUAGAACUAUCACGUUUCAAUCCCAUACAAAUGGCUAGGGAUCUGUACAACCAGCUACAGGAUGCAAAAAAUCGUGGAUACCGGAUGGUACAGCAGACGCAACGGCAAGGUCUGUUGUCUGGACAGGAUCGACCUUCACUUGAGCUAGACCGGUUAGCAUCGAACGGCGAGAAGGUAGAGUCACGACCGGCACAAAGGCUUCCAUUUCAUCGCAUAUGGACGCCAAACGUGCUGUGGACUCUGGUCAGCAUAGCUGUGUUCGACUUUCAUAUGGGUGCCUUUGCGAAUCUAUGGAUCCUGUUUCUUGCAACUCCACGUGAGUUCAUCCCGGGUGUCUCUGAUGCGAUACCUGAGGUCGAGCCUCUGCCCAUCAAAGACGAACAGCUUCGGCCAAGAAGUGUGUUCAAGUUCGCUUCUGGACUUGCAUUUCCGCCUCCGACCAUUGGUUUUGCAAUGGCCAUCAUCGGCUUCAUUGGAGUAGCUUUGCAGUUCCUACUCUAUCCUUACGCCAAUGCUCGCUUCGGCCUCAUGCGAUGCUUUCGAGGCUCGCUCUUCCUGUUCCCUACGGCAUAUUAUCUCGCACCAUACAUCGCGCUGCUCCCGUCCGCCUCGCCAUCACCAUAUCCAGCAAGCGGUUGGGUGGUCUGGCUUGGAAUUAGCUUCGUGCUCUUCCUUCAAGUGUCCGCGCGUACAUUUGCACUACCAGCAUCGAUCAUCCUCCUAAACAAUAGCUCUCCACACCCAAGCGUCCUGGCAACUAUUCACGGGGUAGGCCAAGCAUGCUCAGCAACUUUCAGGACCCUUGGCCCCAUAUUGGCCGGCUACUGGUAUGGAUUGUGGACUGAGAGGGGUAUUGUGGGCAUGGCAUGGUGGAUCACGGGCUCGCUGGCCGCUAUUGGCUGCGUGGCCAGCUUUUGGGUACGCAAUGGGAGCGGUCACGAGAUCUUUCUGCCUGGCGAAGAGCAGGAGAUGAAAGAGACUGGCACUGGCGGUGGCAGUGGAGACGGUCGGUAA